CAAACACGUACAAGGCUACACGACUACGGCAGUCGUCCUACAACAUGCAACCCAGCAAGGGGAGAGGGAAAUGACUUUUGCAUGCAUAGCUUACAGACAACACUAUCAAUAUAUCAAUAGAGCACUACAAAAGCAAAUAGACUAACCGAGUUCGGUCUACGCUGGCCAACUGAACUGAGACUCCAUUGGGAUAAUUGGCACCAGCAUAGUUAUGGAGUGCGCGCUGCACUCAGCAUGCAGAGGAGGCGUAUUGGUGCGGUCUCGCGCUUCAACUUUGGACCGCCAGCCCCGACCGGCAUUUGCAAGGCCAGGCGUGGCGCUGCCCUUGCGGAGCGCCGUUCUUCAUCAUGUAAAACAGCACGAGCAGCAGCAGCCUUCGAGCAGCGUUUCAUGCCCCGCGGUUGACUAUGGCUAUCCAUCGGCCCCGGAGCUACCGCCGGAGAGGAUGGGCGAAGCAGCAAGGCGUGCACUGUCGCGCGCGACGGGUGCAGUUCGCCGCUAUGGCUGGCUUAGCUUCUGGGCCCAGCUAACACUAUCGGUCGUAGGCGGAGUAAUCCUGCUGUUCUCUGUGGCGUUUACGUCACAGAGUGGGCCGAAGGCGUCGCUGUACCUGACCCUCUUCGGCAUCCUGGCCGGCUUCCUAUCGACCUUCUGGAACUUCGGCUACACGCGCACAGCGCUAAAGAUGCAGGCCUACUUGGAUGCUGCACCUGGGCAAGAGGUACCCAAAGUAAAGAAGCAGCAAGUCGUGGAUAUGGUCACCCGCGGCAUCUUCAUCAACAUGGUAGGAUUGGCAUCCACGCUGGCAGGCGUGCAAGCGCUGGUGGGCAUGUUGGUCGCCAAGACGCUGCAGAUCAGCUCCUACCCCUUCAUGGCCGCUGCCGGGGGCGCCAGCUACAACCCCGUGGUGGCGCUGGACGUGUUCCUGGUGCAGGCCGCCACCAACACGCUGCUGGGGCACUUUGUGAGCCUGGCCUGCUCGCUAUGGCUGCUGCAUGUGGUGGGCGAGGGGCAGGGGCUGAGGUUCCAGGCUACGGCCUCCGACGCCGGCGGCGCUACCGUCAUUGGCAAGGGCAAUGCGGGAACCUACCGAGUCAACUACGGGGCGUAGCGCCCUGCGUGCUGGGAGGCGGCGGGGGGAGGCCCGGCCAGGCAGGCGCUUCGUGUCCCUCGAGCUGCUCAAACAGCGCACCGAGGACUCGCGGCUGCCCGACCCACGGGCCAUCCCGCUUCUAGGGGGCGGUGCCGACAGCCGGGGCGGGGGGGAGCUGCUGCAGACCAACGCAGGUCGCCCGCUUCGAGUGCCGCCUAGACCGACAGGUGGAGGCGGAGGAAGCGGCGGAGGUGGAGGUGGCGGCGGCGGUGCAGGAGGCCGCAGGAGCAAGCCGCAGCGGUCGCAGCAGGGGGGUAGAGAGGGCAGUGGCGGCAACAGCAGUAGCGGCAGCGGUGCCAGCAGCAGUGGCAGUAGUAGCAGGGCUAGCAGCGGCAAUAGCGCGAGUAGCAGUAGCGGGG